GCACCAAAAUAUAUAUACAUGAAUGGGACCAUAUGGCUCCAUUCUUUCUGGUUUCUUUCGUAAAAGGGAGUGCACCAAAAUAUAUACUCAGAGAUAAAAUAUUUAUUAUCAACCGAUUAUAAUACAUUUCCAAAUCAAAUUGGUACCCCCAGUUAAUCUAGCUCAAGCGUCGAUCCACUUCUAGUUUUAGGGGCGGAUAUAGUAGAUGAGAAAUUGAUAAAAGGAGACGACUACCUUGAACCCUUUUAAGAAAUAAAACUCAUUUUCGUAGAAUCCACCAAUUCAAGAAUCAUAAUCUUGAUUUUCUUCAUAAUUUUUUCGCUAAUAUUGAGACCAGAGAAAAUAUGGAGGCGGUUAUCCAAUAUUUUCUGGAUAAUAUAACCACUUUAGUAAGCGAUGAAAUAGAUUUGCUGAGUGGGAUUGAUGAUGAAGUACGUGAGCUUCAAAACCAUCUCCGAUGGAUGUUUGUAACAAUAAAAUAUGCAGACGAAAAACGUAGAUCAGAUCCACUGGUGAGCAAUUGGGUUAGAGAUAUUCGUACAAUAGCUUUUGAGGCAGAAGAUGUCAUCGAUGAGUUCAUAGUAAAAGUAUAUCUCCAGCGACAAGAGCAACAACUUAAAAAGAGAUCCGGCGUUAGAGCUCACAUCAAGAAAUUUUUUUCCACCCCCAAACAGUUAGGACUUCGACAUGAACUUGGAAUUCAGAUCAGAAAGAUUAAUGACAAGGUUCAGAAGUUGUCAGCCUCGACGGGUAUGUACACUAAUCCACUAGUAACCGGAGAUACUCUCGUUGGUGGCGGUUUUGGUGCAUCUGCAAAUAAUAUCUCCUCGUUGCAAGAAAAGAUCAACAUAAGAAGAGCUGCAAUUGCCGGAGAGGAAUAUCGGGAUGCAGCCAACAUCCAUGAGAAAAGCGCGAGGAAGAUCACCGACUCGUUGAUGGGAAAUGAAGGUAACGAUGAUCAAAAGAGACUGCGCGUAAUUUCAAUUGUAGGGAUGGGCGGCGUGGGUAAGACUACUCUGGCUAAGAGGGUUUAUUAUAAUGAUGACACUGUUAUGCAAAAUUUUGAAACUUUUGCUUUUGUUUAUAUAUCACAAACUUAUAUUGUGAAAGACCUCUUAAGGAGCCUUAUCAAGCACUUCUCUUCUGUUGCUAAGGAGGAGGAGGUGUCUUGUUCGAGGCUUUAUAAUUAUUUGCAGGGGAAUAAGUACUUGAUAGUCUUGGAUGAUAUCUGGGACAUGAACGCUUGGGAUGGCUUAAAAAGUGCCUUCCCGGAUGAUAACAACGGAAGCAGGGUACUUCUCACCACUCGCCACAAACAUGUAGCUCGGUAUGCUGAUUCGUCGUGUAGCACUAACAUCCACGAAUUGGGUGUGAUCACUAAAUUUGAUGAGAGUUGGGAGCUCUUUCUAAAGAAAACAUUUCCAUCAAGCAGAAGUAGCAGCCAACAACUUGUGUGUCCAGAAGAAUUGGAGUACUUGGGAAAGCAGAUGGUGGAGAAGUGUCACGGGUUGCCUCUGGCGAUUGUGGUGUUAGGAAGCCUCUUAUCAAGCAAAGAAAGGUCAGAGCAUGCAUGGUCUGGGGUAAACAACAGUGUAAAUUGGCAUCUAAGCCAAAGUGAAGAUUCCUAUAAAUGUUCGGGAAUUCUAGCCUUGAGUUAUUAUGACUUGCCCUAUUCCUUGAAGCCCUGCUUUCUUUACAUGAGCCUGUUUCCGGAAGACAGCGAGAUCCGUGCCACAAAGUUGUUUCAGUACUGGAUUGCAGAAGGAUUCAUUCAAAAGAGAGAUGAACAAACUCCCGAGGAUGUCGCGGAGGUUUACUUGGAGGAAUUAAUAAGUAGAAGCUUGAUCCAGGUUGAUAGAUUGAGAUGUGACGGACGUGUAAAAACAUGCCGCGUCCAUGAUUUACUUCGUGACCUCGCUAUCGCAGAAUCUAGAGAAGAUCAGUUUUCUCAAAUUUGCAGAGGAGUUCAGCAAUUUUAUCUCAGUCAAAGCAAUGUUCGAAGAGUCUUUGUUUAUAAUACUGCUGAUGAUUCUCAGAAGGAGCAGUACUUCCCUGAAUUUCGUCAAGUUAUAGCAGUUCGUUCUUUGAUGUGCAGGGGUGUACAGUUUCUGCAGCAUAAUUACUUGAUUUCUUUGUUUGGAGGUUUCAAAUUAUUAAGGGUGCUGGAAAUUAGUGGUUCCACUGGACUUUCUACUGGACGAAUUUCUUCAUUACCGGAGGAGCUCGGAGAACUCGUCCAUUUGAGAUACUUGAGCUUAGAAGAUACUAAACUAGAAAAACUGAAUACAAGUUACUUGAGGAAGCUUGUCAAUCUACAAGUUCUUAACCUCAACCGCUGUGGCACUAAACUCACAUUGGAAGAUAAGAUUGGGAGCUUGCACCAAUUGAGGCACUUAUAUCUGGGUGGCCUUGGCCAUGAUAUAUCUGGUACAUCAUCCAUUGCUUUUAAUCAUUUGGGAAUUGGUGAUCUUACAAAUCUCCAGUUGCUUCGGAUUGAGGCUGGGGAUUGGAUAUUGGGCGGUGGUUUGAAAAGCCUGUGUUCUCUGAAAAAGUUGAGGAUAGAUGGGUGUUUAAGUGCACAUUCAGUCCAGAUCUCGGAUGCAAUUGUCAAAUUAGUUGCUCUUAAAUCAUUGAUGCUGCAAUCUCUUAGUACCGAGGGAGUACCACUGACAUCUAUCAGCUUCGCAGGACAUAAGGAUCUCCAAAAUCUACUUCUGAAAGGGGAGCUUCGCGGGUGGAGGGGAACUGUUUCAUUUCCGCCAAAUAUUACUAAGCUAAUAUUGGAGGAGUCGCGUGUUGUCGCAGACCCAAUGGUGAUUCUAGAAAAGUUGCCGAAACUAACAUUCUUACAUUUAGGAUUCAAUUCUUAUGUUGGAAAUAACAUGGUAUGCUCGGAAGGAGGUUUCGUCAGUCUUCAAACCUUGCGACUUGUUUCUUUGGAGAAUGUAGAGCAGUGGAUAGUGGAAAAGGGAGCAUUGGGAAAACUUACACACUUGGUAAUUCUUCUGUGUGGGAAAAUGGCAACGCUUCCGGUAAAACAGCUGAUUUCACUCCAAAAGUUAACAUUCAAUAACACAAACUACACAUCCAGCCAAUGGUUAGAAGCGCCAGAACUUGCUUCCUUAAUAUGACCCUGCCCAGGGUGGUUCUUCACAUUCUUCAUCUCAGUAUAUGUUGUUGUUUUCUAUUGUGAAGUUUUUUCUUUUUCUUAUCAAAAAAGUUUGUAACAACUCAACUAUGCUUCACGCUUGGGAAGUAUAUAUUGCUGUUUUCUAGUGUUUUUAUCGGAAAAGAUUUAAUAUAAAUUACCAUGAUAGAACCACCUUAU